AAGUCAGUAUUACAGUAGGAAACAGGUAGCCUAGCCUUUUCCUCCCCAGAAAUGAAGGAGAAUUCCCAGGGUUUUUGUCUUCCUCCAGUGAGAGCAUAAUCCUGAUUUCAUGUUCACCAAAAAACAACUCCUCCCUUUUAGUCAGAGAUCACCAACAACGAGAAAAAGUCUUGGAAAGAAACAAACUAAGUUGCUAUAAUUAUCUCAUUCUUUUCAGUUUCAAAUGUCAAAUAUCACAGGUGAUGAAGGAAGCUUCUCUUCAGGUAAUACUGGAGAAGAAGUUCAGCAGCUUCAAGAAAAGCAGCAGCUGCAGCUGCAGAAUCACUUCCAUGGUUCCAAUUCUGGUGCUACUAAUAGCAAUGACUCUACUUCUCAGCAGCAACAGCAACAGCCCAUCAAGAAAAAAAGAAAUCUACCAGGAACUCCAGAUCCUAAUGCUGAAGUUAUUGCUUUAUCACCAACAACGCUUAUGGCAACGAACCGGUUCGUGUGUGAAAUAUGCAACAAAGGGUUUCAGAGGGACCAAAACCUGCAACUGCAUAGGAGAGGCCAUAACCUUCCAUGGAAGCUUAGGCAAAGAACUACUACAGAAGUGAAGAAACGAGUGUACAUAUGCCCUGAGCCAACAUGCGUUCACCACAAUCCAGCUCGUGCACUAGGAGACCUAACAGGAAUUAAGAAGCAUUUUAGCCGUAAACAUGGCGAGAAGAAAUGGAAAUGCGACAAGUGCUCCAAGAAAUAUGCAGUUCAAUCUGAUUGGAAGGCUCAUCAGAAGACCUGUGGUACGAGGGAAUACAAAUGUGAUUGUGGAACCAUCUUUUCCAGAAGAGAUAGCUUCAUCACCCACAGAGCUUUUUGUGACGCAUUGGCAGAAGAAAACAACAAAGUUAACCAAGGACUAAUGUCUAACAUGGGAUCCAACUUGCAGACCCAAAUGCCUGAUAUCAUGUCCUCAAUGCCCUUAACCAGUACCAACGCCAACAGCACAUCUAUUGGGAUAUCAGAUUUCAACAGCUUUGAUCCCAAGAACCCUCUCAAAUCCCUUCCUCAAGAGCUCGUCCCAAUUCCAUUCAAGUCCAUGAACAUGGCAGCUGGAGGAGGAAUGUUUUCGAGCAGCUCCGGCACUCUCUUUGGCGGUCCAAGAAGCAUUUCUUCGGCUUCUUCUAGCCUCCAGCUCAGUUCCAAUAGUUCAUCUGGGUACAGUUAUCUCCAAGAUGGGAAAAAUGGGUGCCAAAUUUCAGGCUCGGCUCACAUGUCGGCAACAGCCUUGUUGCAAAAGGCAGCACAAAUGGGUGCAACUGCUAGUAACAGUAUCAACUCUCCUAUGAUGCAGAAGAGCUUUGCAAGUAGCAUGGCUGGUCCUGACCAGAUCUCUUCUAUAAGACCACCAUCUUAUGUUGGGGUUCAGCAGCAUGGCGCCACCUCGUAUGAUCACUUCCCAUCACAACCUGAACAAACAAGCAUGGUCGGAAUCAACGCUGGAGGAUUCAAUAAUAAUAACCAGCACUUGCAGAAAGGCCCACAAGAAAUGUCACAGUUUUUUGAAACUGCUACAGGUAGUUCAGGCAUGAAUGAUAUGGGAAUGUUCAGUACUAUGUUCAUGGGCACCGAACAAAACCCAGGUUUCAUGAAAAGCAUGGAACAUGAAGAUAGUGGUAGUUCAAGCUUGAUACAUGGAAGAUCUGGAAUGGAGAGGAACCUAAGUGGACCAUCAAGGUUCGGUGGGAGUGGUGGUGAAGGUGGUGACAGGAUGACUCGUGAUUUUAUGGGCAUUGGAGGUUCUAGGACAGGAAAUUUGCUUGAUCAUCAGCAACAGCAGCAGCAGCAGAGCCUGGAAAUGGAAGCAAUUAGCCAGCAGCACAGAAUGCCAAUGAUGAAUCACUUUCAGCAACAGCUCUCACUUGGGGAAUCAGCGUUGGAGAAACGCAUGUGGGAUGUUUGAUUCAUUGCAUGGCCAUAUGUGGGGAUUUGGGCUUAACAUUUUGGUAAUGAAGAAAGAUGGAUAAUGGGCUUAGAAGGUUGCAUCCCCACUUAGCCACUGCCAUGGAGGCUCUGUAUAAUUGAAUAAGCUUGUUUGUUUUGCAUUAUACUCAGGUUUAAUAAUCAUUUUUUCUUUGUUCUUUUUCCCUCAAA